AUGCCGGAGCCUCAGAGCAACACCUCGGGUCCAGUACACUCCAUCCGCCGUGCGGUUACUCUCCCCACGAAGUUAAAUCCGCAUGCGCAGCGCUCCAAGGGGAACCUUUCAGAGAACGUCAUCUUUUACCACCCUUUUGCAAAAAUCGUUCAUUUUGCGCCUCGAGCACUCGUUCCGAUCCCUUCCAGCUCCACGCCCUCUGAUUUCGACUAUCCCGUUGACACGAUCGAGACUCUCCCUUGGCGCUCGGCCACCGAAAGAACGGUCGCAACCGCGCCCCUGAGAUUAGAAAGAGGCCUGACAGUCUUUCUGAAAUGCGGAAAUGUGGUCCGCGCAAUUUUGAGAAACUCUCAGUGUUGGUGUGUUGACGGGGUCUCCAAAUUUGUGUUGCGCAUCCGCCCUCUCACAUACUAUCGCAUCGAGUUGCCGUAUGAAACCGCAGAGGACAAGGCAUUAGUGGAGGAUCUCAAAGCCGCCUUGCCAAACAUUCUCCGGUACGAGGUCACGCCAUGCCCAUUUAAGCGCGCAUUCAGCGUCGAAUUGCCCGAAGAGGCCAUAGCACCCCGACGCAAGAAAGCGUGGAAACCGAAAGAAAUCAAAGAUGGGUUAUCUGUUGCGGCGCCGGUCAGCCAAAGGCCUUCGAUCGACGCCAAAGUGGACUGGCCUGAUUCUGUCAGCACUGGUGAUGACACUGAUGGAGCCACCACAGAUGACAGUGGCUUGACCUCUGAAAGGACGAACAGUACAACCUCGGAGACAAUCUUGGACAACGAAGCUAUUCCCACGGACAAUACCAGCACGGCGACUCCCAGCUUACCAAUGGGUCGAAGCUCACUACCGGAAACAAAGCAGACAUUUACGAAUUUGCGCGAGAAGUUCGAUGCCACCCCGGUAUCGCAAGUCUCUCAUGAUCAAGAAGAAAACGAACAAAUGCCAGCGACCAUGGCCCUCGACGAUGUCUCACUCCCGGGCCAAACGUCCACUAUUCCCGUUGCUGAUCCUCUCAUCAGUGACAAGCAAAAUAUGAGCGUUUCAACGGCCGUUCAAGGAAGUCAAACAAGCGGUAUGAAGAAUUUUACCCACGAUGAGAACUCUCAAACACCAUACGGACAAGUGUUGGAACCUACUUCGGUCUCGGAGAUGCUGAAAGGGCUGGAGAGUCCCUCCAAUACUUCUGUGGGCUUGAAAACCCAUCCUGCCCUGGGUGCAGUCGCCGAUGACAGAUACAUUGAGCGAUACGACCACCUGUCGGCAACGCCUGAACUUGAUCGCGUACCGACGACUAGCGAAAAUCGACUGGAAUCCCCAGCGCAAAAGACUUCUUUGUCCGUGCUUCCAACGCACGAAUGCGCGGUGCCCGACCAUGAAGAUGGGUUGCCAACUCCCAAGUCCGUCAACCACGAUGCGGAUCAAUUGUUGCUACAUCAUUCAUCUUCAUCGAUGAGGGAUUCAACGAGUAGCAAUGGUGAUUCCUCACCAAACAGUGAUGUUGCUUCAAACAUUGAAGCCACUUCACAGGAACGCACCGCAGCUGUGUCUUCAGGGACUCAUUUGGCCUCACAAGAUCAGGCUGCAAAUACCUCUGCACAGGCACUGAGUAGCGAAGAAUCGAGCCCGCCGCUUAAAAUGCCUCAUUACGUUGUACGAGAGGAACCUCCCAAGCAACCGGCCUCCCGCUCGUCUUCAAGCGUUUCUCUGCAUGACACGAGUGCGUCAUUCCUGAGUCCCGAUAUGGACCACAUGAGCUCCGAAUUUCGUCGGCGGGCGCAGGCGACAAGGCAGCGCGAUGUGUCGCCUAUGCCUCCGCAAUCUGCCCUUUACCAGCCUCCUCCGAAUGAGCAGGCAUCCUCUCUUCUCAGUAAGGCACUCUCAUUAGUCUUGGUGCCGCCUAUUCAUCUAUUUAUCAUUCUCCUGCAUGUGGCUGCUCGGAUUGUCAUCAGCCCCGCCAUCGGCUCUGCUCAAGAAGGCUUCACCUCAGGUUCGAAAGCAUUGCCUUACAAUUCAUCCACAGAGGAUGACUUUAGCUUUCCGCUGGAGCGUGAGAGUUCUUCGGAGUACGAAGACGCACGGAUCACAAGGAAGCUUGAUCCUUGGGAUCUUGACUAA